UCCGGUUCGAAUCACAAAUGGCGGCCGUGGAGGGGAUUUUUGACACGGAUUCUGAGGACGAAUUGCCGCCCGGCUGGGAGGAGAGAGUGACGACGGACGGCAGGGUCUACUACGCAAACCACACCGAGAAGACCACCCAGUGGGUUCAUCCCUCCAGCGGCAAGCGGAAAAGAGUGCUGGGAGAGCUGCCGUAUGGCUGGGAACAGUGUACAGAUGAGGAGGGCAGGAUGUACUAUGUGGAUCACGUGACCAGGAUCACGACCUAUACGGACCCGCGUCUGGCCUUCGCCGUGUCCGAGGACAAGGAGUGGCGGCAGCGGUUCGACGGACACAGCACGGCGCUCCAGGUGCUGCAGGGUCGCGACCUCACCGGCAGGGUCGCCGUGGUAACCGGCGCUAACUCUGGGAUAGGGUUUGAGACGGCGCGCUCGCUGGCUCUCCAUGGAGGGUUUGAGACGGCGCGCUCGCUGGCGCUCCAUGGAGCACAUGUUAUCCUAGCCUGCUCCAUGGAGGUGCAGUGGUGGUUUGAGACGGCGCGCUCGCUGGCGCUCCAUGGAGCACAUGUUAUCCUAGCCUGCAGGGACCUGCACAAGGCAAACCUGGCUGCCAAGGCCAUCAGGGCGGAACGGGCCUCAGUCCAAGUAGAUGUGCUGCAGCUGGACCUGGCCUCCCUCAGGAGCGUGAAGCAGUUUGCAGAUAACUUCAGGCUCAGGGAACUACCUCUCCACAUCCUGGUCCUGAACGCAGGGCUGUUUGGGUUACCAUGGCAAUUGACAGAAGACGGUCUGGAGAGCCUCUUCCAGGUGAAUCACCUGGGACAGUUUUACCUGACACAGCUGCUGGAGGACGUCCUGAUCAAGUCUGCACCUGCCCGGGUCGUGGUCGUGACCUCCGAGUCUCACAGGUUUGUGGAGUUGAAAGGCCUCCCCCUGACUGAAGAGUGGCUCUCCCCCUCUGAUGACAGAGUCUGGCCCAUGGAGCAGUACAACAGGACAAAACUCUGCAACCUGCUCUUCUCACAGGAGCUGCACCGUCGUCUGUCCAGGCAGGGAGUGACCAGUAACGCCCUCCACCCGGGGAACAUGAUCUCCACUGACCUCCCCAGGAACUGGUGGUUCUACAGACUUCUCUUCCUGCUGGUCAGACCAUUCACCAAGUCUCUGCAACAAGGUGCGGCCACGAGUGUGUACUGCGGCACGGCGCGGGAGCUGGAGGGUCUGGGCGGGAUGUACUUCAACAACUGCUGCCGCUGCCUGCCCUCACCGGACGGACAGAACGAGAGAGCCGCCGCAGAGCUGUGGGACAUCAGCGAGCGCAUGCUCAAGCCUCAGGCAGAAGUUGUUUUCCGUCAGGCCUGCAUGUUUCAGCUGAACUGUUCUGCCUUCAGGCAAAACCGGCAAACUGCGUUGUUCCUGCCCUACCUGCAGGCAGUGGUUGUUCCUGACAGUCAGGCUGGCAGCACCCAGCAGUCCCAGCCUGCUGCUGACCUCUGA